CAAAUAAUUUGAGCUAUGCCUACAAAUGGUUGAUGGAAGAGGGGAGGCGAUGUUGCUGCUGAGUUGAAGUUCACACACGAUUUUUUAAACUACCGUGGUCCUCAUUCCGAACAUAGGAGGUGGUGUGGUGUGAUGGGAGGGACCAGCUCUCAGCUGGAGCGUGACAUCGGGGCCGAGUAUCCCCUAAACGAGCAUUACUACGGGCUCGUCAACUUCGGGAACACCUGCUAUUGUAACUCGGUCCUACAAGCCCUCUUCUACUGCAAACCCUUCCGAGACAAGGUAUUGAAAGUGCCGUUAGAGAAGCCUAGGAAGGAGAAUCUGCUGUACUGUCUAUACGAGCUGUACAGCAGUAUUACCUCACAGAAGAAGAGGACAGGUAUAUACGCUCCGAAGAAGUUUAUCUCCAGAUUACGGAAAGAGAAUGAGAACUACAACAACUUCCUCCAGCAGGACGCUCACGAGUUUCUAAACUACUUGUUGAACUCAAUAUCUGAUUUGUUGCGGAGCGAGUUUGACGACGAGGAGAAGGAGAAACUGAAAAGGACUUGGGUUGAGGAGAUUUUCGAGGGCAUAAUCACGAAUGAGACGAAAUGUUUGACAUGUGAAGCUGUUAGCUGUAAAGACGAGCCCUUCAUGGAUCUGUCGGUAGAGAUAGAACAAAACACGUCACUUAACCACUGUCUGCGCAGCUUCUCCAGCAUGGAGACCUUAUCAGGGGCGCAGAAAUACUUCUGUGAGUCCUGCUGUAGCAAGCAGGAGGCGCAGAAGCGCAUGCGCAUCAAAAAGCAACCCAAAGUGCUGGCACUGCACCUAAAGCGCUUUAAAUACGUGGAGAAUGACAAUAGGUACAAGAAGCUCACAUACCGGGUGGUAUUCCCCCUAGAGUUGCGGCUCUUCAUCACGUCCGAACACGCUAACAACCCCGAGUGCUUGUACAGUCUCAUGUCUGUGGUGGUGCACUGUGGUAACGGACCAAAUAAGGGACAUUAUAUCUGUGCUGUUAAAUCCCACGACUUCUGGCUUAUAUUUGACGAUGAAGUUGUGGAGAAGGUAGACGAGAAAAGUAUAGAGGAUUUCUUUGGUCAUGACAAUCCUAGAACUUCUAACGGGUUGGAAGUGGGCUAUAUAUUGUUUUACGAGGCAGUCGAUAACGACCCUUCCUUGUUGACGUGAGGUCACGUGAUUUAGAUCACGUGAUGUGGGGUUACCAUAGUUACAGAAUUCCUCGAGAUGAUAAUAUCUAGAUAGUGUCUAGUCUCAAAUGUGGUUGAUUGUGCCGGGUAGAAAACUUAUUAUUUAGAUUAACAUCUGGGCUUUACCACACUUACAGAUUUUCUCUUAAUUUUGUUUAAAUUUUAUAGUUUUAUUUUGUCGAAUUCCAUGUGAUAGUACUAUAAUCCCACUAUAAUAUAAUGAUAAUUUUGUUGACCGAACUUGGCAGUGUGUCACGUGACCAGUAAGUGUGUCUUGUUAUGUGACUUGUGUGCUGGGCCCGACCGAAAUGUUGUAUGAUGUGCAGCCCGUUCUGGGCUAUCUGGACGUUAUUAUAGAGUAUUUUUGUUUGAACUCGGACAACACACAGCUGAUAGUGUUAUUACCUUCUAACACCAAUACAGCGAAUGCAAUGGAUACAUUCCUAUUAUACAAAAUUUUGAUGUUAGUAACCAGUUCGAGGCAGGCAGAACUUGGGGAGAGCGGUUACUUACGGAUAUGCACGGAGGGGAGGUUGCAAAAAGGAGAUAUUUAGUAACCGCUAUGUAAUAGUUAUAUAAUUAGUUCGAAAUUUACGCCCACAAAUUGAGGCUCCAAAACUUCGUGUGUGUCAUAGCUUGGAGAUUGUUUGAAUAUCAUUCUGUUGCUUUCUAAUAUUAUAACCAUAAGAUUAGCUCGACGACUGAUGGUAGUAAAUAAUUUCCGGUUUUUUUCCAUCCUGAAUUUCUCUCUACUAGUUGGUCAGAAAAGUACAUAUAAUGUAAGUUGUGAGCUGAAAUACUAAUCAGUGUCUUGAUAUGAGAUUAGUGAGCGUUUUGAGAUGAGCUGUAUUUGUGUCUGAGUGACUAGGUGUUACCACCUACAAGGUGUUACCACCUACAAGGUGUUAGGUGUUACUACUUACAAGGUGUUGGGUAUUACCACCUUCAAGGUGAUACUAUGGUGUUAUGACGCGUAAGUGCGCUUUAAAGUGCGAAUUGGUUGAGAAUUAAUUGUUUGGAUUAGACCACUGUUAAACUAGAUGUACAGGUAAUUCUAGGCCACCUUGUUUAUCUGCAUAAUUUAAUUACAAAAAGCGCACUUACACAGCGCAAGUGUGGUCUGUGGAACAAAUCUUUGUGUGACCACAGUGAAUGUCAGUAGAAAGAUGAAAUAAAAUUGAUAGGAUCGUAAAAUGGUAUUUCCAUCUGGAAGCUCAUGUUUAUUGAGUUUUAAGCAAGUUUAAACAUGUUCAGUUUUGUAAGAUUUCUCGAUUUGUACUGGCUGCAAUCGAAGCAAAUUUUAGUUUGUUUUUGCUGACAAUUUGGCGGUUUUUGAGGAAAAUGUAACGUCUUUCUUGAAAACUCUGCGCACCUCACCAAUAAGACAUGAUGGGGAACAAAUUAUUGACACUGGAAAAUUUUAAUUGUCCGUUAACAAUUAAAAUGUAUACUGUGUGCACUGUGUACAGUGUAUUGUGUAUUGUUUGCAGUGUACCUCGAAGUUUAUACGGUAGAAAGUGAAGCUUAUAAUGCGGUAUAUUUAACAAGUUAUUUGUAUGUUACAAUUGCAAGCGAGCGACUGUUAAUUAACUCGCUUAGCAAAGUUUCGAUGUAUUUAGUUUAGCUUACUGAUUUGUGAUCAACUCUGAUGAAUGUUUUACAUGGUUAAUUUGACUUCAAGAUUUUCUGUAAAUUUCUUGUUGUUUUAUUUCAAGUUUUAGAAA